GUUUUUUCAACAAGUGAUUUAGUACAAUACGUUCAAUACAUCAAUCAACAACUUGCCAAUUAGUUCUCAGUUUUUUUUAAAAAUAAAGAAAACAAUGAAGCAAAUUAUUUUGAUUUUACUAGUUUUAAAAGCACUGAAUUCUCAAGCUCACAUUAUUGCAAUAGAACAUGGAAAAAUAUCGGGCACAGAAAAUGAUAAAUAUUUCGCAUAUAGAGGAAUCAAAUAUGCUACAGCUGGCAGAUUUUCACUUCCAAAGCCUUUUGAUGGUAAAUGGUGUGGCAUUAAAGACUUUAGAGAUUAUAGGGAAUCAUGUGCUCAAUACGAUCACUUGACUUAUGAAUAUAUCGGAGUGGAAGACUGCUUGUUCCUUAACGUGUUUGUGCCAAAGAAAGUGUUAGAAUCUGAGGAACUAGCACCUGUUAUUUUCUACAUUCAUGGCGGUGCAUUUAUGUUUGGUAGUGGUGCUGAUUAUUUACCGAAUCAUUUUAUGGACAAUGAAAAAAUGAUUCUGGUCACAAUAAAUUACCGACUUGGAAUUCUUGGUUUCUUAAGUACAGAAGAUGAAGUUCUUCCUGGAAAUUUAGGAAUGAAAGAUCAAGUUGAAGCUCUCAAAUGGGUGCAGCGAAAUAUAAAAGCAUUUAACGGUGAUCCGGAUAAAGUUACACUUUCUGGAUUCUCUGCAGGUGGUGCUAGUGUUCAAUUACAUUAUUUAAGUAUGCAAUCUAAAGGACUUUUUAAGAACGGAAUAUCACAUUCUGGAAAUGCGCUAGAUCCAUGGGUGUUCAUGGAAAAUGCUAGAAGCAAGGCACAUAAAGUUGCUGAAUUUAUGAAUUGCCCUCAUGAUGAUCAUCAAAAAAUGCUGGAAUGUUUAAAACAAACGCCUACAAAAGAACUAGUAACGUUACUGAAAGAAUUUCAACCAUUCCUUUACAAUCCAUUUUCACCUUUCGGUCUUGUUGUUGAACCAGCACAUGAAUCAGCAUUUAUAUCGGAACAUCCUAAAAUAUUAUUAGAAAGUGGAAAGUUUAAUAAUCGUCCAUGGUUACUUACGCAAACAAAGGAUGAAGGUUUAUAUCCAGCAGCAGAAUUUUAUUCAAACGAAGAGUUUUUAGAUGAAAUUGAUAAGAAGUUUGAUGAUCUAGCGCCGUACAUUCUACAUUUUAACGACGAAACUGAUGACAAACAAAAGAUUGUGAAAGCAUCAAGCAUGAUAAGAAAGUUUUAUUUAGGAGAUAAGAAAGUCACCAGAGAAAAUUUUGAAUUAUUUAAGAACAUGCUCUCCGAUCGUCUGUUCAAGUCCGGUGCAUACGAAGCAAUUCAGCUGCAGUCAAAUUAUUCGCCUUCGUUCUUUUAUCAUUUUAAUUAUAAGAGUAAAUUUAGUGUAGGCGAAAUUAUGGGAAAUACAACCGAUUUCUUAGGUGUUUCACAUGGUGAGGAUAUCUUUCUGAUUUUCACCAAUCACUUUAGACAUUUCGACUACACAGAAGAUGAGAAGAGAAUGGCUCAAAAUUUAUUAAACCUGUAUUAUGAAUUUUCUAGCAAUAACUUGCCAAAAUUCGAUAUUCAAGUAAUCAAUCCAUCAUUGCCUGAUGCCAUUCAGUAUUUAGAAAUAUCAUCGAAUGAAAAAUAUGCAAUGAAAUUGGAGACUGAAAAGUUUGGAAAUGUCAAGUUCUGGAGGGAGAUUGAGAAUCUCCUACAUUCAAAUGAUAGAAUUAUUGAUGAAUUAUAAGUUUAACAAGUAAUAAUAAAUUGACUUUUUGACAUUGAAUUAUUAACGAUUGUUAAACUGGUAAUGAAGUUACCGGAAUUAUUAACAAUAUCUUAUCAGAGACACAGUUGCAGUAUGUUCCAAAAAACUGGUUUCCAUGCAUUAUUUAAUAAAUGAAUAGCUUCAUAUUUAAUUAAAGGGCUAUAAAACUUAUUAUUUGAGUUAAUCAUAUCUCACAUUAUUUGCUCAUAGUUUUGUGAUAACAACAAAGAUUAAAAUAUUAUCUUUAAAUUAUAACAGAA